UCAGUCAUAAACCCAAAACCCACACAUUUCCGGCAAAUCACAGAAUUUUCACCUUUAUUCUCUCUCUCUCUCUCUCUCUCACACACACAAAAACAUACCUGAGUCUCUUAUUUACUUUAGCACAGCUGGUGAAGCAAGCGAAACGACGCAGGUUGUAUCAAUUUUUAUCUGCUGUUGGGAAAAUGAUAGAAGCAGGAAAACCCCAAGCUAAUCCUUCGAAGAUGUCAUCAUUGUCACCUAAGGCGAUCAUACACCAAAAGUAUGGUGACAAGGCCUCCUACCAGGUUGAAGAAGUUCAAGUUACACCAGAAAAUGGAUGUCCCGGGCUCGUCAUCACACAGAAGGCGCCACCAUGUCUUUACCGUUGCACUCUGCAUCUUCCGGAAACUACUGUUGUCUCUGAUACAUUUAAAAGGAAAAAGGAAGCUGAACAAUCAGCUGCUGAGAAGGCCAUAGAAAAGCUAGGCCUCCGUCAGAAGGAAUAUAAUCCCACCAAGCAGGAAGCUUGGGAUGAUUUAGCUGGUCGUGUUGCUUUCCUCUUUGCAAAUGAGUUUCUUUCAUUUCCCAAUCCACUCAGUAAUCACUUCAGAGCAGCUUUGAGAAGAGAUGGUCAUUUCAAUGGUUUCGUUCCAGUUUCAGUAAUCGCAGUCUAUGAUGCAAAGACUACUAGCAUAUGCAAAUUCAUAAAUCCUGCUGCUGAGAUGAAUUCGCUGCUGGUGAUGUCUCUAGUUUCACGGGCAGCAGCUAAACUGUCUGAUUUAGUCAUCGUAUCUGAUGAUCAGCUUUCGGUACAGAGGAUAAAUUUAUAUUCACCAGAGAUUAUAUCUUCAAUAAACCAUGAAGUGAGCCUGUUGGAAAGCAUUCCACUUGAUGUGAUACUUAUUCCAGUUUCAUGUGAGAAAGCUGUUGAACCUUUGAAACUUAACAUUUCUGCAACUGGUUAUUACCUUGAUGUUAUUGCCCGUGCACUAAGUUUGCCAGGGGCUUCGGAUAUUAUAAUAUCCAGAACGAUCGGUAAAGCUUCAUCUGAAAUGAGAAUAUAUUCCUCCACUCCAAAACGUCUCUUUGAAAACUUGUCAGAGCCUCAAACCAAACAAGCUAGCCAUGUUGAAGGAUCUCUAAACAUAAGGGCAACUUAUUUUGCUGGCCAAGAGAUACACGGUGAUGCAAUUCUGGCUUCUAUAGGUUACACAUGGAAGUCCACCGAUCUUUCACAUGAAGCCAUUUCACUGUGCUCAUAUUAUAGAAAUUUUGUCAGUAAGAUACCGAGUGGACCAUACAAGGUAUCUAGAGAUGCAAUACUUGCUGCUCAGUUGCCUUUAGCAUUCACAACGAAAAGCAAUUGGAGAGGUUCAUUUCCCAGAGACAUACUUUGUGCAUUUUGCCGCUCUCACCAUCUUUCGGAACCUGUCUUCUCUACUCAAAGUAGCAUGCUGGAUUCAUCAGUAAAUUUACCUGGAUCCCGCAAAAAGUUGAAAGCAACAGAGUUGAGCGAGAAGGAAAAAAGUGAAUUGGGCAUUGCUGCUGCACCAACUGGAGCUAUUAGUUGUAAUAUAAAGAUAUAUUCCAAAAAUCAAGAACUUCUUUUAGAGUGCUCACCACAAGAAUCUUACCGGAAGCAGACGGAUGCUGUGCAAAGUGUAGCUUUGAAAGUCCUACGCUGGCUGGACUUAUAUUUUGAAAAACCAGACUUGUCUGCGGAGGAGUUGGGCUUAUUAGCAAAAAAGUUUGAUAUUCAGUUUACUCAAAACUUCUUUAAGGGAUUCUCGCUAUGCCACUCUGUGCACAGAUCUGGAACCACCAUAACUCAAGCUUCCGAUACAACUCUUAAUAAUGUAGAGGGUCAAAAUUCGGGCGUAACUCCAGGUAAUGGCUGUUUAGCAUGCAUAAGCUACACAGUCUCAUUGUUAGGAGAAGGAGAUGGCACUAAAGAAUAUAUUGAAAGCUGCGAAGAGUUUGAGUUUGAAGUCGGUAAUCAAGCUGUCUUGCCUCAUUUGGAAGCAGCUGUGGAAAAGAUGGCUGUUGGCCAGUCAGCAUAUUUUACAGUGGCGUUGCCUCUCAGUGAGUUGAUUUUGGCUGCAUCUGGGGAUUCUGCGAAAACUCUAUCAUUAUUGUCUCCAAGAAGCUGCAAAUUGGAGUACUGUGUUACUUUAUUGCAGGUGACUGAACCAUUAGAAGAUCGAAUGGAGCAAGCCCUGUUUAGCCCCCCUCUGUCCAAGCAGCGUGUUGAAUUUGCUGUAUGCCAAAUUAGACAAUCUUCUGCAGUUUCUUUGGUUGAUUUUGGUUGUGGUUCUGGAAGUUUAUUGGAUUCCUUGCUGUCUUAUCCCACAUCACUGGAGAAAAUUGCUGGUGUUGAUCUUUCACAUCGAGGUCUUGCAAAAGCAGCAAAGUUGGUUCACUCAAAGUUAAACAGUUUAUUAGAUCCCAAUGAGCCGACUAGCGAGAUGAAAUCUGCAGCUCUGUAUUACGGAAACAUCACAGAAUUUGACCCUCAGCUACAUGGAUUCGACAUUGCAACUUGCUUGGAGGUGAUUGAACAUAUGGAGGAAGAAGAAGCAUGCUUAUUUGGCAAUGUAGUGCUGAGCUUGUUCACCCCCAAGAUCCUCAUCGUCUCCACCCCAAACUACGAGUACAAUGUGAUCCUCCAGGGAUGCACGCCGCACGGCCAAGAAGAUGAUCUGGAUGAAAAGAACCAGGCGCAGGCCACCAAAUUCCGAAAUCAUGAUCACAAAUUCGAAUGGACCAGAGCCCAGUUUCAGCACUGGGCGUCUGAGCUGGCCGCGAAGCACAACUACUCUGUUGAGUUCAGUGGCGUUGGGGGAGCUGCUGAUGUGGAGCCCGGGUUUGCGUCCCAGAUCGCGAUAUUUAGGAGAGGGGAAGAGAGUGUGAGCAGCAUGGAAUGUGGCAGUGAAUAUGUCCAAAUCUGGAAAUGGAGUAGAGAGGAUGUAGCAGUUAAUUGUUGAUUCUUAGUCCUACUUUUUGUCUCUUUUGAAUGUUCUGUUUAUGGAAAUUGGUCAUUUUUGUUCAGUAACUUGGCAAUUUCGUUGCAAUUGAAAAUUCUACAUUAUCUAGGUUCUAAA